AUGUCGAGUCCCGGAAUGGGCUUCUCACAAAGCCGCCUUCCCGAGACCAGUCACUCAUGGCAGGCACUAAAACAUAUCGCGCCUGGUUUAAAGCCAAGGAAAGACUGGCAUACAAGACCAAUGCCAGCUGAAAUCCAAAGAUGGGCCAAUGAUGAGACUUUACCGCCAAAACUUGAAGAGAUACUGAAAUGGUCCCUCAAGUACGGCGAGCCAGAACCUGAGCCUGUACAAGCCACAUUGACGCAGAAUAACACACGAGCUUCGAUAUUUGACCUCGAAAAGAGUGAUAUUGUUGAAAACACUGCGGGGUCAUCUCCAGUUGAAAUUAAACAGCAACUUGAUUUUCAUAGACUGGGACAGUCUACGGCCACUGGAAACCCCACUACCAUAUCUUGUACCACCAUCUCGCGUCGCUCUAGAGGACCCUUUCGGUCUGACAGACGUCAAGGGAAGGGCAACCAGCAUUCUCUCGGUGGCGGGGUUCUCGCAUCAACCCUCGACCUCAUCUCGACCUUCAAGCCGCAAUUCGACCUCGACGGUGCAGAAUCUCGGAAUCAAAGAGUCACAGCGGGUAAAGUCGUCGCAAAAGUGGAAUGCACUAGUUGCUUCGAUGAAUUCUCAAGUUCCGACACCAAAGUUCUGCCUUGCAAUCAUUCAUACUGCAAACCCUGUCUCAAGGAGCUCGUCCUAACCGCGAUGCAAAACGAAUCCAGUUACCCGCCAAAAUGUUGUCUAUCCACCAUCCCGAGUCAGACGGCUUUAGUGGUUCUAGACAAGAAGCAACGAGAGCUCUAUCAGAACAAAGUCUCGGAAUACUCAAUUCCCGCGCAGGAGAGACUGUACUGCCCGAAUUCAAAGUGCCUAAAAUGGGUACCUUUGAAGAAGAUACAACGCGUGAUGGGCAGUCACCGGUGCCCGCAUUGCUCCACUAAGAUUUGUAUCAUCUGCAGAGGCGCAGCUCACAAGAGAAAUGAGGAUUGCCCUCACGAUUUUGGGCUGGAGGCCACACUGGCUCUGGCAGACGAUGAGGGAUGGAGUCGUUGCUUCAAGUGCCGGGCGCUUGUCGAGCGAACGGAAGGUUGUCGUCACAUGACCUGUAAGUGUGGUGCACAGUUCUGCUAUUAUUGUGGUGCAAAGUGGCGAAGUUGUGAAUGUAGCGAUUAUGAGCAACCAGAGCGAAUCAUGACCAGGAGAACGCUCCGACAACAGAGAAACGAGGAGGCAGCUGCAGAGGCAGCGGAGCUCGCCCGAGCCAUUGAAGAGAUUGAAGAGAUGGAAAGAGCAGAAGAGCAGCAGCGAAUACUGGAAGCUGAAAGGUUAGCAGCUGAAAGACGACGUGAAGAGGAAGAGCUCAGGCGUCUUGAAUUGCUCCGGCUGCAGGAGGUCGAACGACGGCGCAUGCAAAAGGAAAGGGAGGAUGAAGAGCUACGCCGUAUCGUUCGACUGUCGUUGAUCGAACAACUGCCCGAGUGGCAAAACUUGAUGAGAGAGAUACUGCUGAAACAGCAGAUUGAAUUGGACAAUAGACAUGCACAGCAAGAAGCAUCACACUUGAAAGCUCGCGAUGAGGCGUACCAAAGGCAACGGGCUGAGAAUGAGGAGGCAAUGGCGAGGCUCAAAGCUGACGUCCAUGAACGUCUUUUGGACAUGCAAGAGAAGCAACGUGUACACCUUUUGAAGACGAAAGAGGAUUACGAACAUGGCGAGGACGAUAUGUUUCUUCAUAUACAACUACAUCUUCGCGGCAAACCCAACAAAGAAGCCCGAGAGAAACGGCUGCUGGAGGAGUUCAACAAGCAACGAGAUACCCAGCUUCGGUCUACGGAGGCCGGGUUCGAGAUCGAAAUUAAUACGCUGAAGCAAAAUGCUCUGGCAGAGCACACAGCGCUCGAGAAGAGCUCCGAAAACAAAAUGGCUGAACUCCAGCGCAGGUUUGACCAUGAUUACACGGUUCUGCUCGAAGAUGUUGUCAUUGAUCGUACUUGGUUUGACCACGUUUCGGAACGGAGACAGAACAUGCUGUCUGAGAAUCAUCAUCGUGCAUUGGCUGAUAUUGAUGCCGGUCUCGAGCCAGUCGGCCUCAACGAAGCUGUUGCGAAGACUAUUGGACCCUUUCCUGCAGACCAUACCCGAGAGCCAGUAACUAAGGAGCGGGUUCUGCAGGACAGAAUUCCUUCACCUGCUUCCUCUUCGACUUACUCGACAACCAGUUCUUUGGCUGAGCUGGCCUCCCAUUCAAAUCGCCUUCAGAGGCAAUUGGAAAUAUCAGAAGUUUGUGGACGAGGGGCAAAUGAACCUUCACCCAACGAAGUAGACGAGUCAACAUGGGGCAGCAACGGAAUGACACAUCCCCUGCCCACAAUAGCAACGUCACAUCACGAUGUAACCAACCAUCUUGGGAUGACUGUUCCCUCAAAUAUUGACAAACAAGUUGUUGAAGGAUUCUCACAUCUACCUCACUAUCAAGAUGGGGCCAUGUCUAGGACAGUCCAUCCGCCUCAGCCUCAUCCUCAUCCACGCAUCAAACGGAAAAGCGUUGGCCAAUGUCAAUCACCUGCUAUACGAUGUGGACCGCUAGCGCCGGGCCCAACAAGGGGCAGACUUAGGAUUGUCACGUCCAUUGCUCCAAUGGAGCCGUCAGUCCCUGGGUCGUUUCCAGUUUCACCGGCACAGUCUUCUCGCAGUGUUAACGUGGAGGAAGAAGGCAGCCAGUCCGACCGCAGCUAUAAAUUCAUCGUCAUCCCUCCGGAUCAUACUGGCCGUCAGUCAUGCUCCGACACAAGCAUGAGCUCUCGAGAUCGAGCCAGUUUCGACGAUAGUUCGUCGUCAGUCAGGACUUUCGACAGCAGCUCGUCUGUGUCAGCAUCGCGGAACGGCAAAGGCCUGGCUUGGAGGCCGGAGUCCAGACAGAGUAGCUUGCUGUCGACGCUCAAGAGCUACGUGAAAACAAAGUCAGGCUGA